CAGUUGUAUAACUGGAAAAGUUUCGGAACCGAAUAAUGGCACAAUAAACAUGUCAUUUAAAGGUUGUCCUAGCCCUAUAUUGAAAAAUACAUAUUUUACAUACAAGAAUCCAGGUGACAUCCAGAACUUUUAUCCUAAUAAGGGAAUUUUAGCUGGAAAUACAACCAUUACCAUAUCAGGCCAAAAUAUCGCGUUUGACGGACCAGAUCGAUACAAUAUAGAGUUAUGUGAUGAAAGUGGCGUCCAAUGCAUAGAAUGCAGCAUUCUAGAUAGUGUAGAUAUGAAAGCUUCAAAAAUAAUGUGCAAAACUGGAGAAUCAAAUGAACCUCGUAACCUGACAAAGCUGGUUGUUGUUAUAGAUACUUCGACAACAUUACGACUGAGAAAAACAUUUCGUUAUUUACCGAAUCCAACAUUUAAUAUUUCGAAUGAGACAUUAAAAGCUAUCGAGAGUGGAGGCUCUACAUUUACAAUUAAUGGUGAUGGUUUCAAUAACGUUGGACAGAUAACUGUCGAAAGAGUGGAUGAGCCUUGUGAAGUACCUUCUGAUAAGCAAGCUGUUUGUCAAACACCGGAAAAAUUACUGAAUCAGCCAAAUGUCCAAACUGUUAUUGUUAAUUUUGACGGAAUAGUCCGUGCUUUUGAAAUAGAUUAUGUUGAUGAUCCUUUUUUCGAAAGAUUCGAUGUUGUGAUGAAGUAUGACAAAGAAUCUUCCAUUACAAUCAAGGGUAAACAUAUUUUAAAUGGAGCUAGAUUUGAAGAUUACAACAUACAAGUUGGUUUAGAUGGAAAAUGCCUCAUCUCUGGAAAAUCUGACAUAGACAUGGAUUUUAUCAAAUGUUUUCCCCCAAAAAACGUUCCUCGAACAAAUAAGUCAGACGUAAAUACAGUUCAUGUUAUUGUUGAGGUUGGAAGGAUAGAGGCAUAUAUUGGUGAUUUACAGUAUCAGGAAGACGUCAAAGUACUAGCUAUUAUAGUUGGUGUUUUGGCUGCAGCAUUGAUUAUUGCUGUUGUGAUUGGUAUAUUUGCUGUUGUGGUUUUAAGAAAGAAAAAGAGAAAAGCUAUCAAAGAAUUCAAAAUGGAGCUGAUGACACGUGAAGAAAUGGUACGAAAAGCUAGCAGAGAAGAAUUUGCGGAUGCGCAGAUGACAAUGAGAAGUAUCAAAUCUGACCUUUUCACCUCAAAGGUGCCAUUUUGUGACUACCAGACGUAUAUCUAUCGUCAGCUCUUUCCAAACCAAGAUAUAAAAACUAAUCCUUUACUUCAGGAUUUAGGGGUAUCAGAUGAAAGAAAUGAAGGGAUAAAGACUGCAAUGGACAAUUUGGAAAUUCUGUUCUCGAAUAAACAUUUUCUGGAGUCAUUAAUCCAGACACUUGACCGCCCGAAUAUGCUGACUAUUCAGGAAAAAGCACAUUUUUCAUCAGUUCUGUCAAUUUCACUGAUGGGAAAUAUGAGACUCUUCUUCGAUUUGAUAGAUUGUCUAAUGGUAGAUAUGAUUCGGUCAGCUUCGAAAAAACAGCACAAAGUUUUAUUUAGAAGGUUUGAAUCUAUUACUCUGAGGUUGAUGGCAAACUGGUUACAGAUAGGACUUUAUGGACAGUUAACGUCAAAUUGUGGAAUGCAACUGUUCAUGUUAUACAAAGCAGUGAAGACAAUUAUUGAGAUGGCACCAAUAGACGCACUCACAUCUAAUUCAAAGAACACUAUCGCAGAGGAAAAACUACUUAAAAUGAGGAUUGAGCAUCAAUCUUUUACAUUGCAAAUAGAUUUGAAUGGAACUAGUGACGAGCACUAUCCUGUGAAAGUUCUUGACUGUGAUACAAUAUCACAGGUGAAACAGAAAUGCUCUGAACAGAUUAAUAAAAAUAAACCUGCUUCGGAAAUACCAAACAAUGAUGAACUUUCUUUAGAGUGGCAAGAAGGGAGAGCUGGAAAACUUACACUCAAUGAUAUUGACAACACAAGUGAACGAAACAAUGAAUUGGUAUGUCUUAAUACCCUAAAACAUUAUAUGGUUAAAGACAACAGUAGAAUGGCCCUGAUGUAUAAGCAGCAUGACGACCGAACAGAUAAUGCGAAGCCGAUAGCGUUCCAAGAAGAAAGUCUUGCGUCAGAGGAUAUUACUUUACUCAUGCCGGAAGACGUCGAAUGCUCGGAACUAGAAGGUGAAAAGUGGCACCUGUCAAACGUAAACGUACCAGCUGGACAUUCUAAUACAGAUGCAGACUUUGGUGACAUCUUUCUAAAUAGAUUAUUUCUUACAAAGAUGCUACUUUCGGAAUGCAUUGAUACUACUUUUGAGAGUUUAAUAGAUCCACAAUCAUUAUCAAUACCAAUUCGAUAUUUCAUCAGUAUAUUGGAUAAACUUGGAAAAACUUAUGGAGUAGAACAAGACGUUCUGCAGUCAUGGAAAAACGAAUGCUAUGCAACACGAGUUUGGGCUCCACUGAUUGGUAAACCAGAUAUAUUGUUUGAUGUUAGUGUGCCUGCUUAUGUUGGACCAUGCAUGGACAUUCUGAGACAAGUCUUUGUUGAAAGUUUUACCCAAACAGCCCACAAAGUGAAUAAGGAAUCACCACCGCAGAAGUUAUUGUUUCAUAAAGAUAUACCAAGAUACAGAAAGCUUAUUGGUCCUUUUUUCAUCCGCUUGGAACCAGUGACAGAUAAAGAAUUCGCGAGUAAAAUGGACGAAAUCUCUGAUAAACAGAAAUCAGAACUGAGGUUCAGUCGACAGUCAGCCCUUCAACAGCUGUAUAAUCUAUACAUUGGAAAAUACAAGAGUCAAAUUAUGAAUGAUUUGGAGGAAAUGGAAGACGCUACAAACCAUCAACUCGCAAGUAAACUUGAAGAAAUCAUAAAGUUGACGGAGGAAUCAUCUACCACUUGUUAAACUGUGUACUUUUCAUAGCAAGCAUACUGUGAAUAAUUUAACACUUUUUUCUUUUUUUUUAAUACAGGUACUAUGAAUAUAUGAAUUGUAACACAGAAACUGAAAAUGAACUAUUUUUUCACAUGAUAGAAGUUUCAAAAGAGUAUUUCAGAUAAAACUAUUUAUUUUAGAUAUGUUCAUGUCAAUGAAAAAUUCUUUUCGAUUAAUUUCUUAAUUAAGAUUUGUACAAAAAUUAAUUUCUCAUUAUUAACUUUAUAAUUUAAAACACAUGCACUUACGAAAAGAGAGUAACAGGAAUAUCAUGAACUGAAUAAUAAAACUUGCCAAAUACUUCUAGCUACUAAUCUUGGAAACAGCAUUUUUAACUCAUUGCGAUUCUCCUCCUUUCUGGUAAUUUAAUUGAUUAUAAAAUUGUUGUCCAUUGACUCAAUUACGAGUAGUAUGCAUUGAUUCCAUGGUAAUUUUUUCAAUUAAAAUUUAAUAUAAGUGGGCCAUAUGGAUAACCGCUGUUAUAUAUUUUUUUUCAGUUUUAAUAAAAAUGACUUUGUUAUUAUAUCUUAUCAAUUAAUAUAAAUAUUAAUAAAAACAUCAAACAAAGCUCAUCUUUAAUUUAAAUAACCAAAUUGAUUUGGCAAUGAAUAAAAUGUACAUCUUCAUUCAGAUUUCCACAUAAUCAAGUGCAUACAAGAAUAUAUUAAUGUGCACUCACAGUCUUUAAGACAGAACAUGCAUUGACACAACAAGUGAAAAAGAUACUAUCACAUCACAUGUAAAGUGUUCAUUGAUUCAAUUACUUGGUUGAAACUUCGAAAUUUCCAUAUCCGACAUACAUAUAGUUUUAAAAUACCACCUCAUAAGUGAAAUGUGUACGAAAUGUAAUGUUUGUGUUUUGUGUGAUAAAUAAUUCAUGAUAAACUAAAUCAUUUAUUUUCAUUACAAAGGAGUAGGUCCAGUAAGGGCCGAUUUUGGCCUCAAAUUUCAGGUUCAACUUACGAAAGAUUUUGGACACUUUUUAAACACUUGAGUGUCUAUUUCAAUUGAUUCGAUUGGUUUUAUUGAAAGAUUUUAACUGAUUUAGUCAUUAAAAAACUCCGAAUCAAGCUUAUAUAUG